UUGCAUAAAUUUAUCUGCAUUGCUUCAAUAGAUUAAAACACGAAAUUGAAUUCACGGUUCACUUCGUUGAGUGCUCGGAUAAUCGCCGUGUAAGUAAAGAAAUGAUGCAGAACUUAAAAAUUAAGAAAUUGGAUUAGAUUGCAAGCAUAGCCUAGUCUUUGGCGGUAUAAAAUUAUGAUGUAAUAUUCAGGGAUAUAUCGUUAAAAAAUUUUACAAUCGGUUUCAUCUUUUAUCCAUCAUCAAUAAGUGUUAAUAAUUAUCAGUCAGAAGUCUACGAUUUAGCUCAAAAUACUUGGCUUGUAUUUUUGGAUGAGACAAAAUGAAAUACGACGACGUUUUACAAGAAAUAGGUUUUGGAAAAUACCAAAUAAGGGUUGCAGUUUUAUUGGUUCUGAGUUGUGUUCCAAACGGGUGGUAUGCGAUGAUAUCUGUGUUCAUACUCGACAUUCCCGAACAUCUCUGCCACGUUGGAAUUCACGAUACUAACAAGACAGCAUCACCAAACCUCAUCAACGCCACGUUCAACAACUGCAUCCCAUGGGAAGAAAAUGACGCGGGUGAAACGAUUCCAAGCAAAUGCAAAAGAUAUACAAGUAAUGAAACAGAAGAUGUUCAAAACAGAACAAUAAUUGAUUGUGACCAGGGAUGGAAUUAUUUAACUGAAUUCAAUGAAACAACGGCAGUGAUGGAAUGGAAUCUCGUCUGCGGAAAAUCUUGGAUAAAACCUGUCAUCAUAUCUGGAUACAUGAUUGGAUCACUCAUUGGAGGAACAAUAGGAGGAACAUUAUCGGAUAGAUACGGACGGAAAGUAACAUUUCUUGUAGGACUUGCGUUACAAUCACUCUUUAUUGCCGUGCUCGGAUUUUCUGACAAUUUCAUCACGAUGACUAUCUUAUAUUCCGUAGCAGGAUUCGGAUCAACACUCAAUUACUUUGGCGCAUUUAUCAUAAGUGCCGAAAUUGUUGAUCGUUCUAAACGAGCUUUAAUUGGAAACCUUGCAAUUGGUGCGUAUGCUGUUGGAUACAUGAUGCUGCCUAUAUUCGCCUGGUUUAUUGCAGACUGGAGAUGGUUGUGCUAUGUAGUUGGAGGAUUAGGGAUUUUAUUUGUGCCGUAUUACUGGUUCAUUCCAGAAUCCCCCCGUUGGUUGAUUGUGAAUGGAAAACCAGAAGCCAACUCGCUAAUAUUGAAAAUCGCUCAGAUCAACGGAAAACAAAUAAACGAGUUGGAUCUAACUAAAAUCAACGUAUCUACAAACGAUGACGAAGCAACUAACGAAACUUUUAAGCCCACGUUGUUAGAUCUCGUGAGACACAGAUCAAUCAGAACUCGGACCUUUGCUUUAUCAUUUAUUUGGCUGACUGUGGCAUUAACAUAUUAUUGCAUCAGCUUGGGAACUUCAAAUUUGGGAGGAAACAAAUUCAUCAACUGCUUUGUUGCAGCUGGAAUUGAAAUACCGUCUUACGUUCUGAUAUAUUUUUCUAUGGAAAAGUUUGGGAGACGAAGCACCCUCGCAUUUUAUUUAGUUCUCACAGGAAUAUCUUGUAUAUCGGCAUCAUUGCUUCUCAAAGUUGACGAAAUUCUGAUGACUGUGUGUGCAAUGUUUGGAAAACUUUGUAUUUCGGGUGUAUUUUCAGUCGUAUAUAUUUAUGCAGCUGAGUUAUAUCCAACUCAAAUGAGAAAUAUGGGAAUGGGGAUUUGCUUUACCGUCGGACGAAUUGGAACAAUUUCAGCUCCUUACAUGGUAUUUGCAGGAGAAAGUGCUAGUCGAGAUAUUCCAUUCAUUAUAAUGGGAUGCUUCACAGUCCUGGCAAGUGUCAUCAGCUUAGUGUUGCCAGAAACAAACAACGUUAAAUUGCCAGAAAAUAUGGAUGACGUCAUCAAGCAAGAUAGGUACAAGAUUAAAAUGUGCCGCUAGCGAUGAUACAACUGACACGAGAUUGGGAAAAUAUCAUUUUGUCGAAAGAUAAUAGGUGAAGAAAAUUUGUGUAUUGAUUGCAGUAACAAUCAAAAUUGUUUCUGUUCGAGUUAUAUUGCUUCUUGACAUAUCUGCCAGAUUAAAUAAACAUUAAGUUUGUGUGUCUUUGACGAGAUGCACAAAUUAUGAUUAUGGACUGGCCCGAUAAUGAAGAUUUUCUAAUGAUGUAACAAAAUUC